GAGAGCUGUGCCCGGAUCCUCCUGUACCGAGGGGCCAACAAGGAGGUGAAGAACAACAGCGGGCAGACCCCGUUCCAGGUGGCCGUCAUCGCCGGGAACUUUGAGCUGGGGGAGCUCAUCAAGAACCACCGGGACAGCGACGUGGUUCCGUUCCAGGAGAGCCCUCAGUUCGCGGGCCGCCGCCGGGAGCCGCUCCGAGGGCCGCUCCUGCCCCCCCAGCGCCUCCUCAGGGCCAACAGCGACACCGGGGGGGGGGCCCUGCCCGAGUGGGUCCUGAGGGGUCCCCCCGGAGCCCCCCCGGCCCCCAGACCCCCUUCGGGGACCCUGCGCAGCUCCAGCUCCCCCCGGGGGGCUCGGGCUCGGUCCCCGUCCCGGGGCCGGCACCCGGAGGAGCCGCGGAGGCAGCCCCGCGGCAGGCCCAGCUCCAGCGGCCUCAGCCGAGACCCCGGCCCGGGGGGGACCCCAGGGGGCACCCUGGGCUCCCGGGGGGUGAAGAGGAAACUUUACUCAGCCGUGCCCGGGAGAACCUUCCUGGCUGUGAGACCGUACCAGGCGCAGGGCGAGGGCGAGCUCAGCCUCAGCAAGGGAGAGCGCAUCAAGGGUGGGUCAGGAACACCAAAAAACCCCAAAAAAAUACCCCAAAAAU